AUGGACGUUCCAGUUGCACCGCGACCACACUCCAACACUCAGCGCCCUACACAGGCCUAUUAUGUGCCUCGAAAGCUGCUUGAGUGUGGUCGCGGCCCGCAAUCAAAACCAACGAAUACUGAAAAAAAUGAAAAGCCCAUACAAACUUCUGUCCAGAAGCAGAAGCCCCGCCCACUUAUGGAUAAUGUCAUCACGACUCCGACUUCUUCUAUCAAGGAGAAGUCAACCCAAUCAAACCGUCAAAAAUCAAACGCCCCUGCAACGAAGAAAUCAUCUUCAAAUUCUUCAAAUUCUCCACGAAAAUCUCCACCAGCUAUGACAGCAUAUCAGCCACCAUUACAGUAUCCUUCUUCGCCGCGAGACCUUCAUCUCGUAUCAUCAACUCCAUCAUCUCGUUCUUCAUCUUCAAUGAGUUCUUCUGGAAUUGCUCCACAAAUUUCUCCAACUCUUACCGUUUCAUCUCCACGUGUUCUUCAUGUUAAAGGCGGACCACAGAAAUAUUCAUUGCCUCGUCCGAAUGCAUUUGCACCAAUGAUUGCACAAUCAGAUGAGAAAGAAUGUAUUUGUGAUAGAAAGAAGACUCAUGUUGUUUGCAAAAGAUGUGGUUACGAAUGUAUUGGACGUGUUCAAGUGACAUGUGGACAACAUCCAAUGAUUCUUGCAUUAAAUGAUCUUCGUGAAUGCCCGAAUCCAGUUUGUCACAGUGUUCAACUUCUUGAAUUUGAUGAGUUCGGAAAUGAAGAUGUUCAUGAUGACACUAUCGAACAAUUGCUCGCCGAGCCCAUUGAGAAGAUCGAUUUACAAUCCUAA